AUGUCCUCCGAAAGCCUCCCAAUAAACCCCGCUGCUUUCGCCGAGGCAAUCAAAGAGCUCCCACUAUCAUCUCUACACAGCAAAGUCCUCGAGCUCCGCAACUCGAUCGCACACCUGCACCGAUCCAACGCAGAACUGCGCCUAUUUCUGGCCGAAUCGGAUGAUACAGAAGAAGAGAAGAAGGAGCUGCAGAGUUACGUUACGGAGAAUGAGGGGGUGAUCGUGUCUAUGAGUGUUCGGGUUGAGUUGCUUAAGACUGAGCUUGAACAUCGAGGGCAGCCAUGGAUUGAAGUUGAGGAGAAAGCGGAAGAGAAUGGGGAAGAGACUACUGAGGUGCCGGUGACGAAUGGGUCUGAGGGGGAGAGUCGGGAUUCGAAUGGGAAUGCGGAUGCGAAUGCGGGGCAGGAGGAGGAUGGGGUUUAUUUGUGA